GAGAGAGACAGGGUGAGAGAGAGAGAGAGAGUGGGUGGAGCUAUCCGGAUAAGGGGGCGUGGUCAAGCCGCUGUCACUCACUGGCGGUUGCCAUGGCGAGGCGGGGGCGGUCCCGAACAGCGGGACAUCCAAUGGGAUGCGACGCUGCUUGUGUCACCAUGGUGACGGGGCUGUGCCCAGGGAGGUUGUGAUGGGUUGACAGGUGCGUGACAAUCGGGAGCUCUCUGCAAGCAUGUACGCCAAAGGCAAGAGUAGCAACGUGCCGUCCGACAGCCAAGCCAGAGAAAAGUUAGCUCUCUAUGUGUACGAGUACCUGCUGCAUGUAGGAGCACAGAAGUCAGCACAGACCUUCCUCUCAGAGAUCCGAUGGGAGAAGAACAUCACAUUAGGAGAACCUCCGGGGUUCCUCCACUCCUGGUGGUGUGUUUUCUGGGACCUGUACUGUGCGGCUCCAGAGAGAAGAGACACGUGUGAACACUCCAGUGAGGCCAAGGCAUUCCAUGACUACAGUGCUGCAGCAGCUCCCAGCCCUGUCCUUGGGAGUCUUCCCCCAGGAGAGGGCAUGCCAGUGGGGCCGGUCCCUCCAGGAUUCUUUCAGCCGUUUAUGUCACCUCGAUACCCCGGAGGACCCAGACCACCCCUCAGAUUACCCAAUCAGGGACUUGGAGUCCCAGGUAGCCAGCCUAUGUUACCCAGCGGGAUGGACCCCACAAGACAGCAAGGGCAUCCAAAUAUGGGAGGACCAAUGCAGCGGAUGACUCCACCCAGAGGCAUGGUACCGCUAGGGCCCCAGGGCUAUGGAGGCGGGAUGAGACCACCACUGAAUGCCCUGGUUGGUCCUGGGAUGCCUGGCAUGAACAUGGGACCUGGUGGGGGUAGACCCUGGCCAAAUCCUCCAAACUCCAAUUCGACCCCUUACUCUUCUGCAUCUCCGGGAAGUUAUGUGGGACCUCCAGGAGGAGGGGGGCCGCCCGGGACCCCAAUAAUGCCAAGUCCAGCAGAUUCAACCAACUCUGGCGACAACAUGUACACUAUGAUAAACACAGUCCCUCCAGGUGGAAGCCGACCAAAUUUCCCCAUGGGUGCAGGUGGCGACGGUCCAUUAGGGGGAAUGGCUGGAAUGGAGCCCCAUCACAUGAAUGGAUCAUUAGGGUCAGGUGAUAUGGACAGUCUCCCCAAGAACUCUCCUGGUAACCUAAGUAUGAGUAACCAGCCCGGGACCCCAAGGGAGGAUGGAGAGAUGGGAGGAAACUUCCUUAACCCUUUUCAGAAUGAAAGUUAUUCUCCAAACAUGACGAUGAGCGUGUGAAGGCUCUGAAAGCAGGUUUGGUUCAGUCGCCCACUAACCUGGUGUGGAAAAGCAGAGAGACGGGAUGUGAUGUCAUCUAGGCCAGUGACUCUUCCUCCUCCACCACCACCACCUGCCUCGUCAGGACAGUUGCCCCAGGCUACGUCCUCCUACUACCCCCCCCCCAACCCCACCUCUUCAUUGUUUCUGUCCACGUCUCUUCUCUCCUGUUGACUCUGCUACAUUCAUCAGUUCUUCCUCUGCAACUAUGAGACUGUACAAAGCAACCAAAUUGAAACAACCCGGAGGAGAACUCUUUGUAUAUUUGCAUACAGUGUGUACGAGACUGUGCACACACUCCAGUCACAGACAGACGUGUCUGCCUUUUGCAUCAUAUCACAGAGUUCAUGCCCAAAAAAACAAACGGUCAGUAUCCUAUUUAUGCUAAAGUUCAAAUUUUCAAGGAUUUAAAGAGAUAUAGACACUUUUUAAUUGACGGCUAAACUGGUUGUCACAUGGAACAUCUUAAUUUGUCCAUUACUGAAAGAGAACUGGAGAGACGUCACAAUCAUAAUGCCAUCAGGUUUAUUUGAGGCUUGUGCAGAUAUUUGUCUUUUCAGCUUUUUGAGGUUGUUUGAAUCUUGAAGACCACUAACAUUGUGUUUUAUGUUUUAUACUAUGGGUUGUUUUGUUUUUUUUAAAUUUCCAUUCCCAAACUAAGCCACAAAUGUGGAAAAUGUGAGAUCUCUUCAAAGUAAGCUCUGUAAUCAUGAUUUGCAAAUAGGCUUCAGCACAACCUGAAAUAUGUCUGCAUUUUGAAUUUGAAGUUGCAUCGAAUGGUUAGUGAGGGGGGAAAAAGAGCUUUUGUUCAACGCUUAAAGUGAGGCUAUGCAACUUUUGUUAAUCAGAACUCUAUAUGUGAGAGGAAGAAUGUGUUGCAUCUUCUUCCAAAAGCUAAAUAGUCUCACUUUAAACAACAUCAGAUCAGUCACUAUGUUGACUGCUGAGAGAGCAGUAAGGUUAACACUGGGGAGGAAGAUUUGCACAAAGGUUGAUACCCAAUAGUACAGACUGAAAAGCUUUUCAUAACUAAGUGAUGCAUCAUUCGGUAUUCAACGACAAACCUUUGUUGUGAUUCAAACAAACUCCCCAGUAUGAGUGGUAUGAGUUACUUUUUGGAGGAUUUUACAUUCUGUUGACCGCACAAACACGGGGCAAAUUUAACAAUGGGGAGAGAUUUCUUUGAUGCGACUGUUAUAGCAAGAGGAGGCACUAAACCUGUGCAUGUAGUCAUAUGAUUUAUUUUUUUUCGCUGAGGCCUCUCUUAUCUCUAGUUCUUAAACCUUCCAAAUGAUUUAUCAGUUUACAUCCCGGAGCCACAGUUGCAAAAUGGAUCCAAUGACCCACAUUCUCUGAAACAUGAAAUGUUAAAAAGAGAGAGAGAAAUCAAAGACAGAUGACCAGUAUGGAGUCAAACUGUAAGACUCAAGCUUAUAAAGUCACUUUGGUCACUCGUACUUUAUUGCCAUCCGGAUAAACUGUGAUCUCAGUGUGAUGUGAAAGGUUGGUUGGUACAGAAAGCUCAAAUAAGCUUGUUUUUAAAUCAACGUUUUAAACUUUUUUCACUGCCCAAGAUGUAUUAUCAUCAUGUACAAAAGGUUGAUAUGCCUGUGAACAUUCUCCUCUCCCCUCCCUUACUGCAAAGUGUACAGCUCACAAAUGUAGCUCCUCUGUCUUGUAUGUGUAUUUGAUAAUAUUAUUAUUAUUUAAAGAAAAAUCUGGAGAGAAUUAUUGCAAAAGGGAGGGAUGGACUGAUGAUGCACCAUCACAACUGAACAGAGAUAUUUUAUUUUGUUUUUGUGUUAGAUCGAAGCCAUAAGUGGGAGUACAAGAAGAUGCAUUUGUAAAUUGGAUCAUGUUUUCCGUUUUGUGGCAGUAUGUGGGACUCCAUUUGUGAUGUGUUCAUUUUCUCUUUUUUAUUCUUGUAUUAUGUUUUUGUAAAUACACAGAGAAGUAUUUCAUGGGUUUUGAAUAUGCUAGUAUAAAGCUUCUCUUCCCUUA